AUGGCUUGGGAGCAAGAGAUGCUUGACAAGUGGGCUGACUUUGAUCAGAUUGAGGUGGGCAGGCUCACAAAGGCUGCAGUUGAGCUGAAGGCCUUGGUUCAUCAUCAGAUGCAUGUCAUACAGGAGGACACGAAACGUGAGAAUUCCGACCUUGCCAACGCCAUGCUGCUCGGUGUGGAUGCGAUUCGCUUCCUCAUGGGUGCAGAUGAGGUGGAUGAGCAGGAUUCGGAGUUCAAUUUGAUCGAUGACUUCGACAAGCGCUUGGAUGAGAUCGAAAAGGAAGCAGAUGGGUUGCGGGCCCUGAAGUACUCCUGUCCGAACGGGCGAACUUGGAAACACGCCUUCUCGGUGACCCUGGCAUUUCCGAGUCCCAGGCUGCUCAGAAAGUUUUUUCAAGUGACAAGCUCAACUUGA